GACGACGACGACGACGACGACGACGACGACGACGGCGGCGGCGGCGGCGACGUCGACGACGACGACGUCGGCGACGACGACGACGGCGACAUUGACCACGACGGCGACGUCGACGUCGACGACGACCGUUCGGCUUGCCGAGGCCGGGAGCCACGCCGCGGCGGCAGACCCCACGGUGUGGGGGCCUCAGGCGUGGAACCUGCUCCACUGCAUCGCGGGGAACCUGCCCGCCCGCCUGCCGCCCCAGACGCAGCGCAGCUUCGAGGCGCUGGUGGAGUCGCUGCCCGAGCUGCUGCCGUGCAGGCCGUGCGGCAGCAACCUGCGGAGGCACCUGGCGCAGGACCCCCUGGCGUCUCACCUGGGCUCCCGCGAGGACGUGGUCCGCUGGAUGGUCGACCUGCACAACCGCGUGAACAAGGAGACGGGCAAGCCGGUGCUCUCCUACGAGGACGCUGCGAAGGUCACCAGGCAGGCCUGCGGCGCCCCCGCCGCCGGGCCCGGGCCUCCCGCGACGCCUCCCGCGGCGCCCCCGGCGCCGCAGCCCGCGGCGCCUCCCGCGGCCGCGCCGCAGCUGCAGGUGGCCCAGCGUGAUGACAUUACAGCCAUGUCCGGGCGGAUUGGAUUGGCGGACCGCUUGAAGGAUGCUGUCGCCCCAAAGACGCCUGUGCAGGUGGAGCACGUGGUCAUCGCCGGCGAGGAGCACGAGUCCAGUCUUGCAGUCAGCGGAUGGGUACGGGAUGUUGCGGCGGAGCUCGACGCCACCUUUUACGACGCCGGCCGCGAGGUAGGCGGGGACCGCGAGCAGUGGAAGCAGUCGUCUGCGCCCCGCAGCGAGCACCUGUGCGCCAAGCUGGGGCCCGUCGUCGUUCGAGACAGGCCCGAUGCGCAGGGGAAGCCCAACGCCAUCGCGGCGUGGGCGCACAGCUCCCGUGCCUUGGCUUCCGGAGUGUGGCGCACGGAGCUGGAGCCCAAUGUCUACGAGGGUCGCACCGAGGAGGAGAGCAGCCAAAAGCGCCUCGCUCGCCCGAGGGAGCAGAGGCAGGCGCCCUGCCGCCGGCCGCCCGCCCGCGGCGGUGACCUCGCGAGGCAUCGGCUGCGCUGCUGGGGGGAGAGGGACCUCACGAUGGACUACUCCACCCUCGAGGUCGAGAAGAGCUUCCCGUCGAGGGCGCGCUCGGUCGACAGCCGGGACCGGGGCCGGGCCGCGCGCCACGCGGCCUGCCUGUGCUCGGAGUGGCCGCCGGUCGACGCGGAGCCGCUCGUGGAGAAGCGGCCCGAGGUCGUGCUGAAGGACGGCAGCCGGUACACAGGCCACUGGCGCGGGCAGGAGCGCCACGGGCAGGGCGUCCUCGUCAGUGCGGAGGGCUGGAGGUACGAGGGGUCCUUCGAGGAGAAUCAGGCCCACGGCGCCGGGUUCCUGCUCGCGGCGGACGGCACGAGCUACCGCGGGCAGUGGCGGCGCGGGGAGCGGCACGGCCACGGCGAGCGCACGCUGCCGGACGGGAGCGUGUACGAGGGGCAGUGGCGCGACCACGAGAUGGGCGGGGAGGGUGUCCAGAGGUACGGCGCCUUCAAGCCGCUCCCCUCCGCGGAGGACCACGCCAGCCCCGCCGGGCUGUACGAGGGCCAGUUCCGGGCUGGCAAGAGGGACGGCGGGGGCACGUACAGCUACGCGGACGGGCGCCGGUACGUGGGACAGUUCCUGCAGGGCCUCUACCACGGCUCCGGGGCGCUGUCCUUCGCGGACGGCACCGAGUACCGGGGCGGCUUCCUGCGCGGCAAGAAGCACGGCAUGGGCUCCUUCAUGUGGCCCGACGGGCGCAAGUACGUGGGCAUGUGGCAGCAGGGCCGCACGGACGGGAAGGGCGUCAUGGUGGAGCUGGACGGCGUCGAGAGGCAGGCCGACCACGACAGCGUCCAGUCGGCGCUGUUCCUCGUGGACCCUGACCCCGGCAUGGCUUUGAGCGAGCAGCCCCGUGCCGCCCAGCCGUCGUCAUUCACGUCCUUGUGA